UCGCCAGACGCCGCCAAGCUUGUGCGGGGGAGAGAGAGCGAUAGCGAAGCUGACAGAGGCGACUGUUGGGGCUGCUGAGGGAGAGGCGAGGCGGGCCGGCCGGCUGGGCUGUAGAGCGACCGGAGGCGGCGGCUGAGGCCGGGUGGAAGUGUCCUUACACAUGUUUUACUCAGAAGUAAAUCCCACUGAUUUCAAUGAAGUUUAACCCCCAGCUGAAGAGAGAUUGUUAUGAUCGCUGCGUUCACUUAUGAAGAUAUCCACUUGUAAAUGGAGUGCUUCUGCAUUUGACUGCUCAUGUCUGGCACCAUCUCAAGUUUCCUCUGAAUAGUAACAAAGACUGGAGACUUGGUACUGCAGUAAAAGGCAUGCUUCCUUAGUCCAGGGAAUAUAUUGUUUUGGUUUCUGUCUUCCUGGGUGCAUGAGAGGUGAAAGGAUCAGCUGCGCAGCACAGCUGCUGCCUGUCUCCCCAGGCACAAGUCCUGGGUAUGGUCACCCCAAUUCUCAUACAGACAGAUCAGGUGCUUCUGCUUGACAUACUGGGAUCAUGUUACAUUGAAUUUAUGACCUUCUGGUAAUUUCAUAUCAAAAGACUGGUAACCUAAAUAAAGAAUUGACCUCAUAUCAGAAUAGCGAACAGAGAAUCAACAACUAAAGAACUGUCUCCUACAAUGGAUUACAUACCCUUUCUAAAUAGUGAAGUAACAAGGACAAGCAUAGAAAGCCUGUGAAAGAAAAUAUUUCCAUAAUUGCACUACCAGUGUAUACCAUCAACUCACCAUCUAAGAGUUUGCCAAAAACAUUUGCACCAAUAAAUGUGAAUGUUGGACCCCAAAUGAUUAUAAGCACACCACAAAGACUGACCAAUUCGGGAAGUGUUCUCAUUGGGUGUCCCUACACCACAGCAUCAGCCAUGGUCACACAGAUGCAUAUAGCUGAAGCCACUGGCUGGGUUCCAGGGGAUAGAAAACGAACUCGAGACUUUAUGGAAUCAGAUUUUUUGGAAAGUAAAAGAAGCAGAAAGGGAGAUAAAAACGGAAAGGGUUUGAGACAUUUUUCAAUGAAAGUAUGUGAAAAGGUCCAGCAUAAAGGAACAACAUCUUAUAAUGAAGUUGCAGAUGAGCUGGUAUCGGAUUUUACAAACUCUAAUGGCCACUUAGCUACAGAUUCAGUUUAUGAUCAGAAGAAUAUUAGGCGGAGAGUUUAUGAUGCCCUCAAUGUAUUGAUGGCGAUGAACAUUAUUUCAAAGGAGAAAAAAGAAAUCAAAUGGAUAGGUCUUCCUACAAACUCAGCUCAAGAAUGUCAAAACCUUGAGAUAGAGAAACAACGGCGUAUAGAACGUAUAAAACAGAAGAGAGCUCAGCUGCAAGAACUUAUACUUCAGCAAAUUGCUUUCAAAAAUUUGGUACAAAGAAAUCAACAAAACGAACAACAGACUCAGGGUGCUCCAGCUUUAAAUUCUACAAUACAACUGCCUUUUCUAGUAAUAAACACAAGCAAAAGUACCGUCAUAGAUUGCAGCAUCUCUCCUGACAAAUUUGAAUACCUUUUUAAUUUUGAUAGCACUUUUGAGAUCCAUGAUGACACUGAAGUAUUAAAGCGAAUGGGAAUGUCACUUGGCCUAGAGACAGGCAAAUGCUCAUCGGCAGACCUAAGAGCUGCUAAAUCACUAGUGCCUAAAGCUUUAGAAAGCUAUGUCACAGAUAUGUCUACAGGAAUUUACUGCUUGAACCAGGGGCUAGUUUUAAAUUCAGCUCAAGCAGGUUCUGCUUUGGCCACAGCUGGGAAUACUGCUCUUUUUAAGUCAAGUGGAAAUCCAGGGUUGUGUCUAGAUUCUGAAGUGGCCUUAGCAACAGGCCAGCUGCUGGCUCCCAGCAGCCAACAGUCCAGCAGUGCAACAUCACACUACUCAGAGUCACGUGGUGAAACCCCCUGUUCCUUCAAUGACGAGGAUGAGGAUGAAGAUGACUCUUCUUCACCAGAAUAAAGGCACACUAGUCAUUUGAAAUACCCCUCUUGUGCGCUUAACUCUCUUUACAUAGUUUUCUUCCACGUUUUGCCUCUUUACCCUGUGCAAUUUUGUUGAAAUUUUGGGAAAGUGUCAUCGAGACAGGAAGCUGCUUAUAACAAGGCACAGUACAUUGUACUACUACGGAACAAGAAGAGAGGAUGACUCAGUGCUCAUACCUAUGCACAUCGGAGAGAAUGUGGAGCCCUUCAAACAAGCAAAUGACCUCUGGUGUGACAGUGCUCUCUUUCAUUGGUACCCAAAUCUCAUCCACAGAGGCAGAAUGGAUUUCUUCUCCCUGCAACAUGUUAAUUCCAUACUUAAGCAGCACUACAGUGACAGACUGCCUGCACUUCCUUUUGGGACACAUUUACCCUAGGCCACUUCUCAUGCAUGGGUUGUUCCUCUUCUGUAUGCGUGGAGGGUCAGCUCCUGUGUUUUAUGUAUUUGUGUUUGUAGUCCUCACUGCCAGAAAGAAGUUGGAAGUGGUCCUAGUAGCUUGGUUGCAUAGGGGCCUCCUGGAUCCAUGGUGGACUCCUCUGUAAACUGCCAGGCAACUUGAGGACCCUCAUUAAAGUUUGUGACGGGUAAGAGUGGGAUGCCCUUUCCCAAUAAGCUUUGAAAGGCACAUGGUUAGUGUGCAACUCCACAUCUCCCCUUCUGUGCCCAUAUACCGAAUAAUUGAAUUGGCCCACAUUAAUUUCCCCUUCACUAUUAGGGGAAAGAACACCUUUCAGAAAGGUGAGAGUGGACAAUGCACAAUUUUUCUUUUUAUAUCAUCAUCUGUUGCCUGCUUCUUUUCCCUUACAUCACAUAAGAUGCUAAUUAACUCCUCUGCCCAAUUAUCAUUUUUUUUUCUACAGAAGAACACAGAUAUUUAAAGCCACCGUGCCUCAUAAGACUAUGUGAUAGGGAAGCUAUUGAUGUUUUAUUCCGGUUGGAUAGCUGUGUGAAGAAGUGGUAUACGUUCACAAAGAGACAUGUGUUUUCAGCUUGAAAUCCUCUGUUUUAACUAUUCCAGAUUUAGUAUUUCAUUAGAUUAUCAUUUUCCCCUUCUACUGUCCAUUAAGCAGUGAGACAAUGCUCACAGCACAUCCUGUGCAGCUGCUGUUUUAAUUUAGAAAUGAAGAAACUGUAUUGAAGGAAUUUUUAAAUUUUUAAAAGAUGACAGUACAAAAUACUAAGAUUUUAACUGAUAUGUGACGUUCCCUCACACUUUUUAAUGGAUAAAGGAAGGUUAAAUUAUAGCAAAGCUUUCCCCCAUAGAAUCUUAAAUUACAGUCCUAUGGAAUCCAAGCAAUUUAGCUGACAAAUGUGUUAUGAAAUCAUAAUAAACUUGCUUUCUAAAUGUCUACUAGACCAAUGAAAUAUUAUAAAUUAUUUAAAUAAAAUACAGCUCUCUUUAGAGAACUAAAAAAUGAAUUUUUUUGAAGAAACUAUUUUGAUCUCAGGUUUUAAAAUAAUCUAUGAAGCCAUAAUCUUUGCUGCAGAUCAUACAGUGCUGAUAGGGAAAUAAGAAACUGGUAUCUUCAAGUGUAACAAUGGAUGUGAAUAUAUGAAUACAGUAAUCUAAAUAGG